AUGGCAGGGAGGCGGCCGCUGGGCACCCGCGCCCUCUCCCUGCUGCGGUGGCUGGGGGUGCUGCUGCUGCCGCUGCUCCAGGCCGGGCAGGGCUGCCCGGGUCACUGCUACUGCUUCGCCACGCCGGAGCUGGACCAGUGCACCUACGUGCGCCUGCAGGAGCCGCCGCGGGACCUGCCCCGCGGGGUGCGCAACCUCACCAUCGCGGGCGGCAACCUGACGGUGCUGCGCCGGGCCGCCUUCGCCGGCAACGCGAGCCGGCCGCUGGGCGACCUGAGCCUGCUGCUGCUGCCCCGCGACAACAUCCAGGCCAUCGAGGAUCGCGCCUUCCAGGGGCUGCCCGGCCUGGCGGCGCUGGACCUCAGCCACAACCCGCUGCGCGCCCUGGCCGGCGGCGCCUUCCGCGGCUGCCCGCGGCUGCGCACCCUCAAGCUCAACCAGGCGCUGUUGCUGCUGGGCGAGGCGCCCGAGGAGCCGCUGGCCGGCGCCCUGCGCAACCUGAGCCUGCGGCGGCUGGAGCUGGCGGGCAAUGGGCUGCGGGCGCUGCCGGGCGCCGCGCUGCCGGAGGGGCUGGAGGAGCUGGAUCUGCGGAACAACUCGCUGCAGGGGCUGAGCCCCGAGGAGCUGGCCUGGUUGGACUCAGCCCCGCUGGGCAGACUCCAGGUCUACCUGGGCUCCAACCCGCUGCGCUGCGACUGCGCCCUACGCCCGCUGCUGGGCUGGAUGCGCAACGCCAGUUGGAGGGUGCCCGACGCGCGCAGCCUGCGCUGCGCCGCCCCGCGGGAGCUGAGCGGCUCGCCUGUGCUGCGCCUCCGCCUGGAGCAGCUGGGAUGCGGGGCCGGCUGGGAGCCGCGGCCCGAGGAGGCCGGCGAGCAGAAGGAACUGGAGACCGCCUCCUACGUGUUCUUCGGCAUUGUGCUGGCGCUGAUCGGGGUCAUCUUCCUCAUGGUGCUGUACCUCAACCGCAGGGGCAUCAAGCGCUGGCUCAACAACCUGCGGGAGGCCUGCCGGGACCAGAUGGAGGGCUACCACUACCGCUACGAGCAGGACACCGACCCGCGCCGGGCCAGCACCAGCCCCUCGGGGCUCUGA